GAAGCUUGAAAACGUCUGUGCUAGCCUCUAGCUAGCUAGCUAACUAGCUUUGGAAAGGUGGGCAGAAGAGGUUUUUGGAGAUAUUUGUUGCUUUUUAGGGAGUUCGCCUCAACCAGAGAGGAGGUGAAAAUGUGACCAGUGUCGCUAAGUACCAGUAUACUCUUAUCAUAUCUCAGAAAACAGCAUUUUGUCCUCAAACUUUCGGCGUAGGAGAAGCAACAACCAGAGUGAAAACUAAAUGGCCGAAGGCUCCUCAGACCCACCUGACCUCAAUCCAGAUGGGAUGUCACAUGAAAAUCCGCAUCAGCACAAAUCCAGAAGAGGUCAGUCCAGAUACAACAAUGACAGAAAAUGUAAUAGUACUAGUUAUGAUUCUUCUCAACAAUUUGGACACUUUCAUCAAGGCUUUAACCCCCCAUUUAGUUAUAAUGAUUCAAAUUAUCCAGCGCAUCAGCAUCCUCCCUACCAAAGAGAGGAUGGAGCCAGAAGGCGAGGCAGAGGUAGAGGGAGGACAGAAGGGAACAGAAGUAUAAAUGGGAGCUCCAGCUCCGAGUGGCAAAGUCCUGGAAGUGACUAUUUCUCCCACAGUGGAAGCAACAGAGGUGUGGGUGGCUAUCAUACAUCUGCGUAUCGCAUGGAUGGACCUGAUAGGCGUAACUGGAGAAGAGAUGAUGUGAUCAGAAAUUCGGGACACACCAAUGAAGACCAGGACACCUCUGCGAAAAAAACAAGAAAGUUUGGCCAGGAGCAGAGAAGACGAGAACAAAACAAGAAAGGCACCCACUUAAAGGAGAAUAACACUUCAGUCGAGCAUCAGAGGUCAGAUGACUCCAAAGGAGAAAAUCACCCUGCAGAAAUUAGAGAGAGAGCUCAGCGGAGCAGAGCAGGGCCAGACUCUCAACAUGAUGAUUAUCAGAAGAAACACUCUGAGACAAAGCGACAACAAGGACCGAUCAAACCGCUCAAACUACCAACUCAAGAGGAGGUGGGCUCGGAGGGGGGAGCCAGCGGCCAAGAUAACUCGGACCACAGCAGAUCAUCUCAGAAUCCAAACAGUAAAGCUAGGGGAGGUUCGGGAAGACACACAGCCCUCCAGGCCCAAGGAGGGAGACGAACACACCGUCAAAACCACAAACCUGGUCCGAGGAACCGGGACAAGAUGCCAGAGAGCAAGGAGACACAGACAGGUUGUCUUAUUGAACAACUAUCUGAAGAGAAGUAUGAGUGCAUGGUGUGCUGUGAUAUCAUCCGACUCAUGGCCCCAGUGUGGAGCUGCCAGAGCUGCUUUCAUGUCUUCCACCUGAACUGUAUCAAGAAAUGGGCUCGAUCCUCAGCCUCUCAGGCAGACGAUUCAGCUGAAGGUUGGCGUUGUCCAGCCUGCCAGAAUGUUUCACCGAAACAGCCGACUUCCUACUCCUGCUUCUGUGGGAAAGUGACAAACCCGAAGUGGCAGCGCAGUGAGAUUCCCCACAGUUGUGGUGAUAUGUGUGGAAAGAAAAGAAGUGGAGUGGACUGCAACCACCCCUGUAACAUCUUAUGUCACCCUGGACCUUGUCCACAAUGUCCUGCCUUUGUAACAAAAUCCUGCAUUUGUAGGAAGACCAGUCAACCAAUGCGUUGCGGGCAGGCUACAGUGCUGCGGUGUGACAAAGUGUGUGGUGCUUUACUCAACUGUGCUGAACAUACCUGUACACAGGUGUGCCACAGUGGAGCAUGUCAGCCCUGCCAGCUGCAGGUUCAGCAGGUUUGCUACUGUGGAGUCACAACUCGUGAAGUCCUGUGUGGAACAGAUAAAGAAGGAUUUGAUGGUCUGGGACAUUGCUCCUGUCAAAAAACGUGUGGAAAGAUGUUGGACUGCAAAGCCCACCAGUGUCAGCAGGUGUGCCACCGCGGUCCAUGCCAGCUGUGCCCACGCUCCCCUACUCUGGUGAAGACUUGUCCCUGUGGUCAGACACUGCUGGCCAAACUCCUGGAACUGGGCUACUCAGAACGACAUUGCUGCUCUGAUCCCAUCCCUUCCUGUGGAAAGAUGUGCAACAAACCCCUGGCCUGUGGCUCUAGUGACAUCAUCCAUCUGUGUGAGAAUAUUUGCCACGAGGGCAGAUGUGGGCCCUGCUCGCUGACCUCUACUAUCAGAUGCAGAUGUGGUUCCAAGACCAAGGAGGUCCCAUGUGCAACAAUCCAGAAAGAGGAGGAGCUGGUCUUCACUUGCGAGAAGCGAUGCAACAAGAAACGAUCCUGUGGCCGACAUAAGUGUGGCGAGCUGUGUUGUGUGACUCUGGAGCACAAGUGCCCACUGAUCUGCAGCUACAAGCUCAACUGUGGCCUCCACCGCUGCCAGGAGCCUUGUCACCGUGGAAACUGUGAACCUUGCUGGCAGUCCAGUUUUGAUGAACUGACAUGUCACUGUGGGCUCACUGUGUUGUACCCGCCCAUCUCCUGUGGCACCAAGCCACCAGAGUGCAAAAAUCUGUGCACAAGAAGACAUGAGUGUGAUCACCCAGUCUUUCACAACUGCCACAGUGAAGAGAAGUGUCCACCUUGCACAUACCUCACUCAGAAGUGGUGCAUGGGGAAGCACGAGCAACGCAGCAACAUCCCAUGUCAUCUACAAGACAUUUCUUGCGGCCUGACAUGUAACAAAAUGCUGCCAUGUGAAAUGCACCGCUGCAGACGGAUUUGCCACCGGGGCGAUUGCUUGGCAGAAGGCACUUGCCAGCAGUCCUGCAUGUUGCCUCGUCAAGACUGUGGUCACCCGUGCUCUGUUCUCUGUCAUAAAGGCAGCAGCUGCCCACGCACCACAUGCACUGCCAAGGUAGCUCUACAGUGUGAUUGUGGUCGAAGAAAGGAGACAGCCAUUUGCACAGAAGCAGCCAGUUCAUAUCGGAGGUAUGCAGCCAUCGCUAUGGCCAGUAAACUGUCUGACAUGCAGCUUGGCGAUUCAAUGGACAUUGGCCCGCUUCUUACUAAGAAGGAGCUGAAACAAACCAGGCUUGAAUGCGACCAAGAGUGUGCUACCUUGGAGAGAAACAGGCGCUUGGCUGAGGCAUUACAGAUAGACUCAUCUACUGACCCCUUCAAUGUCCGCUCUACCUCCAUAUACAGUGACAGCCUCAAAGAGGAUGCCAGGAAAGAUCUCAAAUUUGUCACAGAUGUGGAAGAGGAGAUCAAGAAUCUUGUUGAACUUGUUAAUAAGGCAAAACAGCCAAAAAGGAGCCACUGUUUCCCGCCCAUGAACAGAGAACACCGGAAGAUCAUCCAUGAGCUAGCCGAGGUCUACGGUGUAGAGAGCGUGAGCUACGAUACCGAGCCCAAACGCAAUGUGGUCAUCACAGCCCAAAAGGGCAAGUCAAUCUGUCCAAACGCAACCCUGAAAUCACUGAUAGAGAGAGAGACGGCUGCGAGAGCACCUCCUCCCAUCGCUCAUAUCAAACAGCACAGCAGCAAGGUUGCCGGUGAAACCACCUGGUCGAAGAUGGUUAAAGAAGAGCCUGUGAUCGAUUAUUUUGAUGUCCAGGACUAAUGAGGCAAGAAAAAAAGGAGGAAACCUCAGGACUUGUUCAGAAACAUCACUCUAUCUGCCUAUAAGUCUGAAUAACAUUAUUCUUUUGUGUUCAUCAAAGUUCGAUAAGUAUUCCUCUGGCUUCAAAAUCAAAUCAAAUAUUGUUUGAGAAUAUCUCUAAAAUGGGGUUCCUGCCCUAAUUUUGGAGGAGGAAUUGAAUGAGUGAAUUCUUCCUUAUGAAUUUAGACAUUAAAGUUCCUCCUAACUUGCUCAGAUUCUGAAGAUGGAACAAUAUGAAAA